AUGGCCUCAAGGCUCAGGGCUUUAAUGGAUCCAUCAAAAUUUAGUGGAAUAAAAAAGCUACAUAUUCCUUCAGAUUUAAUAUGGAUACCAGAUAUAGUCUUAUAUAAUAAUGCUGACGGAGAACCUCACAUUUCAAUCGUUUCUGACGCCAUAAUUUAUUUUAAUGGAUUAGUUGUUUGGAAACCCCCAAGCAUUUACAAAUCUUUUUGUAAUAUUGAAAUUGAAUAUUUCCCUUUUGAUACACAAGAAUGUUUAAUGAAAUUUGGGGGAUGGACUUAUAAUGGAUUUUUGAUGAAUAUUUCACAAAUACCUGUAGGUCCAGAUGACAAACCCCAAGCACUUAGUUACCCCGAUGGUAGAGAAUACAAAUAUCUUAAAAUUGGGAUGGAUUUGUCUGCUUACCAUCCAAGUCUUGAAUGGGAUUUGAUGUCAGUUAGUAGUAGCAGACAUGAACAACUUUAUCCUGGUUGUUGUGGUCAGGAUUUUUACAUUGACAUAACCUUCCGACUUGUUAUUCGGCGCAAAACUUUAUUUUUUAUUGUUAAUUUGGUUAUUCCUUGCAUGUUACUCGCAAUUUUAACUGUUUUUGUUUUUUAUAUUCCUGCAUGUGAACACAAAAUGACUUAUUCUAGUGAGUUUAUUUUUUAUUUAUAUAUUGUGUUUAAAGGUUUCGGAAAAUACAAUAUAAAAAGUAUUCCGGAAAUAAAAUACAAAAGUUUCCGGAAAAUAAUAUCGUUUAUAUACAAUUUCCGGAAAAGAAUUAUUUCUGAAAAAUACAAAUAUUUUCCGGAAAAUACAAUUCCGGAAAAUACAAUUCCGGAAAAUACAAUUUCCGGAAAAUUCAAUUCCGGAAAAUACAAUUCCGGAAAAUACAAUUCCGGAAAAUACAAUUCCGGAAAAUACAAUUUCCGGAAAAUACAAUUCCGGAAAAUACAAUUCCGGAAAAUACAAUUCCGGAAAAUACAAUUCCGGAAAAUACAAUUUCCGGAAAAUACAAUUCCGGAAAAUACAAUUCCGGAAAAUACAAUUCCGGAAAAUACAAUUUCCGGAAAAUACAAUUCCGGAAAAUACAAUUCCGGAAAACACUUCCGGAAAGUACAAUUCGGAAAAUACAAUUCCGGAAAACAUAAUUCGGAAAAUACAAUUCCGGAAAAUAUAAUUCCGGAAAAUACAAUUCCGGAAAAUACAGCUGCAUAA